AUUUAAUUUUUAGUGUAUAAACAUGUGUGUGCCUUCAGAAAUGCAUUUAUACAUAUAUUUUAAAAAGUAAAGAGGGUUAGAAAGAAGAAAAGUUAUUUAACAACUUAAGUUAAUUUACAACUAUAUAUUGUUAUCAAAAUGUGGUCUAUACGGUGUUAUGUCAGCCUUAGUAAUGCAAAACAAAUUAAAGUCAUAACAAAUAUUUUUAAAAAACAAUUUCUGUCAAAAAAUAGAAAUAUAAAUAACUCGAUUAAUCCCAAUGCACAUUUUUCAACGAUUGAAUCUAAACCUGAGGAAAGAGGUUAUGUUGAAAAAGCAUUGAAUUUAGAAAAUGAAGUUAUACCUGUGCAAAGUUUACAAGAAACUCAAUCAAACAGUUCUGAUUGGAUUCAAAAGACAAUAACUAAUGUAGAUGAUUUAAGUAUUUAUGAUGAGUAUAUCAAAUUACCUAAAGCUUUGGACUUUUGUAAUGAAGACAUUUCUCAUAUUGGAAAUUAUCAACUUCCUAGUUAUAAUAUAGCAAAAUAUGCAAAUAGUUCUGAAACUAUUCAAAGAUUAAUAAAGCUUGGUGUAAAAUUAUAUGAACAUGAAACUGACGUAGAACUGAUGGAAUUUUUGUUGAGUAAAGAUUUUGAAAAAGAUCUGUUUCCAUAUAUAAGAUUCUUACAUGAUUGUGGUGUACCUGGUGAAUAUUUAGGUGAAUUCUUCACUAAAAAUCCAUAUCUAUUUAAAGUGGACAUGGAUGAUUUACAUACGAGAAUAAGAUAUUUGAGAUUUCAUCAGUUCAAUAUAAAUAUGAUCAAAACAAUCAUUUGCUUUAAUCCUAAAUGGUUAAAUUUUUCCACUAAGAUUAUAGAUACUAGGCUAGGAUAUUUUCAAACUACUUUUUGUCUCAAUGGAAAAGAAGUAAGACAAUUGACAACUAAAAAUUCAAAAUUAAUAACAUACAAAAUGAAUCACAUAAGAGAAAAUACAUUUGUUGUCAAAGAAUUAAUGGGUUUUAAUCGAUACGAAAUGAAAGCGAUACUAUUAAAUCAACCUAAAAUAUGGAUGAAAUGUAAAAAAAAUAUAAUCAGUACAUUUGAUUAUGCGCAUAAUGAGAUGAAAUUAUCUCAUGAAUUUAUUUCAUCUCAACCAUACGUUUUGUUAUGCAGAAAACGUAGAUUAGAGCAAAGGCAUAAGUUUUUGGAAAAGUUGGGUAGAGCGCAGUACGACCCAACUAAACCAAUGUAUGUUUCACUCAUAGCUCUGAUCGGUGGCACGAAUGACCAAUUUUGUCAAAAUGUAGCAAAAACAUCUACAGAGACUUUUGAUUCAUAUCUGAAAUCUAUUAUGUAAGAUAAAAGACCCGACUAUGAGACGGGUUAUGUAAAUGCCCUCAAUACUUCAGGUAAUUAAAAAUAAUUUAGAUUGUAAAUUCUUUUUAUUUUUUUUUAAAUAAAUAAUUUGAUACCUUUUAGAGUAAAAAAUCGCUUUAUAAGCUUAAUUUUAAUACAUAAAAUAAUUUUAUUUAAACAAAAAUUAAUGUGACUUAAGGUACCUACUAUGAGACACUGUAAACGUAACCCAUACCUAGUAUCUCACUCAUUAUGUCCAUGCUUAUGAGACAUAAAAAAAGGAGUGAAUUUAAUUUAAAUUUUCAAUUUUAUUCGAAUAUAACAUUUAAAAUAUAUAUAAUACUUUACAAUUAAGUGCAGUAACUUUUAAAUUGUCUAAAACUUAGAUAUACGUAAAUAUUUAUACGAAAUUAAUAAAUAAAAAUACAUACUUAUCAAAUUGUCAUUAACAUUAAAU